CCCAAGAAAUAUCUGCUGUGCCCAGUGGCUGCUCCAACUUCAAACACUCUGCACUCCAUAUGAGAAGAGCCCUAUGCGGGCUUGAUCUUGUCCCUAGAGGAUCUGCAGGUCUCGAUGUCCCCUGUUAGCACCAUGGCGUCACUACCCAAAUCAUGGGCCAAGAGCAUAUCAGUGGCUUCCAAGCCUGCCAGUGUCCCAAUUGUGUCUUCUUGGAAUCACACAAUGCCUUGCCUGCUGCAACUGCCACAAGGAAGGAACAGGCAGCACAGAUAAAGAAGCAGUUGGUAAUUCGAGUGAUCAAGAACAUGGCUAUUGUUCCUGGGGCUCCUGUGCAUGUCAAGAAUAUGGCUAGGCUGUUAGACGCCCAUAAUGAGAAGGUGAACACCAACCCUCACCCGCAAGCCUGCUGUUGGUAUAUCCACAAUCUGGAGACACUCCCAAGGGUGUUGCAUUUCAGCCAGCCCCAAGAACCUACAUUUCCGUCCUAUGCUUCAGUGACCACAGAGACAACACAGGUGUUUGCUGUUUCUGAGCAGCCCCAAGGGCCCCCUCUGAUGCCUGAUUUAAGCGCAGGUCUGAUGCUUUGGCGCUAUGCCAACCUUGACUCUCAUCUACUGCAGCCACAGCUCCCCCAAGUCUCUGAGCCAGCUUUGGUUGCUUCCCCUGAGUGGCAGCGAAAGCUAGAAGCUGCUGAGGCACUGCUGACUCUGAGAAACUUCUGUCCAGUACCAUAUGACCCCAUGCCUGUGUCCCAGGCCUGCAGUCUGCCAACUCCUGCUGAAGAUAAAAUACUCCAAACUCCCAUCUCCAUUCUGUGCCCCAGGCCAACCACCUCUAAGUCACCACCUAUUGGACAUCUGGACUAGAUGUUUUUGAGCUAGAAACAAAAAGGUUGGGGCCUGGCUACAACACUACCUUUUUGAUAUCCUGUUUUGAAUUGUGCAGUGGUUAUUCUUAAAUGCUGUACAUAAGUUGUUAUAUCCUACAUGUAUUUUAAAACUUGUGCUUAUUAAUAUGGGGAUGGUUCAUUCUCUUGUACCUCCAUCCUUUACUUCUUUGCACAGUAGGAUCCUUUUUAUGUUUCAUGAGACAGAGUUAUUUACCAUAAAAAGAUGAAUCAGUUUUUGGAGUUUGCUAUGAUUUUGUA